ACCACCACCACCUCCACCACGCCGAACGUGAGCCAAACGCCCGCGGGCGCGUCGGCGGGCACCGGAAGCGCGCAGUCGUUCGCUUGCAGCUCAGUGGGUGCCAAGACGGGCCCAGUGGGUCCCGAAAGGCUCCUUAGACGGGCCAAGACGGCCCCGAAUCGCCGAAAGAGCGCCCCAAAUAUGGCUCCGAGACAGACCCAGAGGCCUCCUCGUCGGAGGAGGAGAGGCCUCCAGGAGCGGAAGACAGCGGAAGGCCUCCCGUCGUGCUUUUCUCAUGCCUCGAGGGGGGUCCGGGGGCAGCCAGAGGCCGGGGAGCGCGGGCGGACCCCCUGCGCUCCCGAGGCCUCCGCGCUCGCGCGCACCGUCGGGCUCUCCGCGGGCGCGGGCGCCGCGGUGGGCCGAGGCGGCCGGCGCCUCGCGGCCCUCGGGGGGUGCACGGCGACGCACGAAGAGCGCGCCACGAGCGCACCCUGCGAGGACGGCUGGGGCAAAAAUGUCAGCACCGCUCGGGUAGUCGCGCGCAGCAGUGCCGAGCAAGCUCCACGAGCGGCGGCGGUUCGCGUCUGUCUGCCGGGGCGCGGAGAGGCCAGCCCCCACGAGCGCAAACGAGCCACGGCCGAGUACCUGAAGCCCGUGGAGGGGCCGUGCCAGGCCCCUGCAUGGAGGAGCGCAGCGAGGCGCCCCGCCCAGCCUCUCGCAGCCUCGGGGCUGUACAACGAGGCAUCGAGCGCGCCACGAGCGCGCUUAUCGAUUGAAUAACAAUUAAAGCAAAAUGCGAGCACCGCUUGGAUAAUGAUUUUGGCAUGUGCACCAGAGUUGUGGCACCACUGGGGUCACAGACACCUGGGACUUCGGCGUGGAGCCCAGCAGCUGCGCCAGGCCGCAAGAAAGCCAGCCCCCACGCGGACCAGCGGCUCAGCCUCUCGAGGCGAGCGGGCGAGGUCAAGGCGGUCGCCGACCAGGCCGCAUCGACGAUCGAGUCUCCUCCUCC